GGCUAUGUGAUGUCACACGUGUCCAUAACCAAUAAAGGAAGGAAAAAUAAAGGAAGUGAAACUGUAGGAGCCAAUCAUAGCGCAACACCACGAUGCAGCGUAGCAGAAGGGGAUUUCUGCUCAAAAAAGGGAGCUAUCGCUUUAGUUUGUCAGCUUUAGUAGCCCAAUAGCUAACAAGCGUUUCAAAGAAUAUCCAAUCACAAUUUUUGAGAUGCUGCUAACCCAGGUCUCCUUUGCGAUGUCGAAGCAGUUCCUCAGUUGCAGAGACACUCCCCGCCCCUUUAAAUGAUUGAUGGCUCAACGGACCAAUAGGAGCUCGAACUUUAUCCUGUUGUGUCCAAUCACGGAAGAGUACAGAGAGGCUUCGUAGAGAGUACAGUGUGUUGCUGUUGUCUACAUCAACCAGCCAGUAUUUGGAAGCACUUUGAUAAACUGUCGUUGUUCUUAAACUGAUGUCAGUCGUUAUCUGCGUGUCAGACGAAGCGCGUGGCGUGUCACGAGCGAUAAACCAGCAGUAAGCUAGCCGCAAACCGAUAAAAUUGAGGAGAAUCGUCGGUACGAGCUUAAUAUACAUUUUUAUUUAUUUUUUAAUUUUUUUCUAUCGCUGUCACAUCAUUUAAGUUUGUGACAGUUCAACUGGCUAAUUUAUUUCUCGGUUUCUUUAUAAAAACGAAGCUUUCAAGAACUUUCUUUUUUGGAACUUUUUCAUUCCUAACGUCAGCGAACCUGUUUUUGUCUUUUUUGCUAGCCAAUCAGCAUUUGUUUAUUGACACCACUGGAUUUUUCGCCAAAAACGUCUAAAUUAGUCAAAUUAAAAUAGAAAAGAAGCAACCUUUAUUAAGUAAUUAAUUUAUUUAGUCGGGAAAAGGCUUACUUUAGCUUUGAUUAGCUAGCUACUCAAACAGCUUUUAGACAGACACCAACAUUAGCUCUUAACCAAAUUAAAAAAAAAAAAAAAAAUCUGGGACCUUUAACUCCUGCUGAUAGCCAGCAGAUCAGCCCUCUAACGUUUCACGCCGCCUUUUAAAAACGAAAAACGGACGGAGCAUCACAGCAGCUGAGGUGCUGGAGAGGCAGAGGUAGGACGUGAGGAGGAACGCUGUGUACAGUCACGGAAUCCCUCAUCGGAUUGUUAUAAUAUCCCAGUUAUUGUUGAAAAUGGCGGCGAUCGGAAUGGUGCAGAUGUUGAUCGAAGCAGCCGAGUAUCUGGAACGCAGGGAACGAGAAGCUGAGCAUGGCUAUGCCUCCAUGCCACCCUUCAGCAGCAGCAGCAGCAGCCGAGAGAGGGAAAGCUUGAAAAGGAAAAGCAAAAGCAAGAAAAACACAAGUAGCAGGUCUACGCACAAUGAAAUGGAGAAGAACAGGCGGGCACAUUUACGGCUGUGCUUAGAGCGCCUAAAGUCCCUCGUUCCUUUGGGACCAGAUGCUAACAGGCACACCACCCUGAGCCUGCUGAUGAAGGCCAAAGAUCAUAUCAAGAGGUUGGAGGAGGGCGAUAGGAAAGCUCAGCACACCUUAGAUCAGCUACAGCGGGAGCGGAGACACCUGAGGCGGCGUCUGGAGCAGCUGGGGGUGGAGAGGACCCGCAUGGACAGCACCGGCUCCACCCGGUCAUCCGACAAGUCCGACUCGGACCAAGACCUGGAUGUGGAUGUGGAGGGGACAGACUACCUGCUGGGCGACCUGGAAUGGAGCACCAGCAGCGUCAGUGACUCAGGGGACGAGCGCAGCAGCCUGCGCAGCAGCUGCAGCGACGAGGGCUACUCCAGCGCCAGCCUGCAGCGCCUGCAGGACUCUCAGGAGAAGGCCAAGCAGCUGAGCUGCAGCCUAUAAACAGCACUACUCACUGAAACACCGCCCACCUCGCUCCCAUCAGCAGCUCCCAUACCCAAAGCUGUCCCCUCGGUCUCCCCUCCAUCUCCAUCCAGGCCUCCGCGGGCUUCCUCGUCCCGCACUUCCUUCUGGACUGCGCCGCCUUUGAUCCGGUACUUCAUCAGCGGGCGGUCUUAAGGGCGUCACACGCUCCCCACAGCGCCAAUCAAACUAGUGGGAUCGAAAAGACACUCCAGCGCUCCGUCCUUCAGCAACAGAGAAUGUUACCACACAAUGUCCCACUGCCUCUGUUUCUACGCCUCAAGAGCCAUGGGAAGAAGCACUUAGAGAUUUCACCUUCACACACACACACACACACACCACUUCAUUACUCCUAGUUGUCCAAUGACCUCUCGAAGGCGUGACGGUGUGGUGCGGGGUCUCGGCUGCCGCCCUGCUCACCAGUCAAGCCUCUUCACGCUUUCUUGCACUUAGACUGCGUCUCUCCAGCGGCGCCACGGCAUCGAGUGAAUGUUUGUGAAACGUGGCGGUACACCGCGAGAGCCAGCAGCAAUACCCUUUUUUCAGCACUCGGGACUUUGACCAUCCAGGAUGACCGCAUCUAUGUCCCGUCCACACCUGCCAUGAAGAGAGAGAAAGCAAACACAAACCUUGUGCAGCAUGAGAUUGUGGGGUCGGAGUGGGUGGGGCUUAGCAUUAGUCUCUCUCUGAUGAUCGUGGCGUCUCCUCAGCAUCUCCUUCAGUGUGCUCCACUCGUUUCCAACACCAGCUUAACCCCAGGUGCUGGCGCGUUUCUUUCACUUCACUGCCCCAACGAGCGGGUUUGACGGACAGGACGGGGAAAACCCGUCCGCAGGGAGAGCCCAGAGGCUCCGACACAUUCCACGGGGAAGAGUUGGGAUCGAUAGCGUUAUUUUUACAACAAGAAAAAAAAAGUUCCUGCCAAUUAUUUAUGAAUGGAGAGUUGAGCUUGAGAGUAGGCGAGCCACCCUGAAGCAGAACAACUGGCCUUGAAUGUACAGAGCGAGGCCCGACUGCGUGUUCUACAAAAGCACUAAACGUCGACAGCAACACCUUUUCUCUUUUGCCUUCUCAGCUAUUUAUUGUUUCUGCAGAAAUGCACACCUUUUAAUGUAAAUAAUUUCAGAAAUAUCUGUCUAUCGGAGAACGUAUUUAUUAGAAAUACUAUAGAAAAAAAUCUCUAUGAAAAUAUAUUUAGACAUAGCUUUUGUUCUUGUGAGGUUUAUCAGAGGUUCUUAUAUGUCGUUUGUUUGCACAGCCAAGUCACUUGGUAGAAUAUUUAGAGGUGUCUCUUGUGCCCCUGCAGCUGUUGAAUUCGGCACAGUGCUCCUAGGAAAUGUUUUAUGUCGUGGUGGGUUCUAGCAGUUCUCUCGCAGUGUUUUUUUUUUUUUUUUUUUCCCCCCUCUCGGUGCGGUUCAGGCGAGGAGAGGACCAGAGGUGCAUGAAUGUAAACCUCUCUAGAGUAGCAGCACGGUGCCAAAAGAAAGGGAAAAGAAGGAGCGACGUUAGAGGAACUGCUAUGGGAUUGUUUGCUGUUUGAGUGUGGCAUGCUGCUUAUUUUUAUCUUUUCAGAUGUAGGAACUGUGUAGCCCCGAUUGCAGGGAGAAAAAAAUGUGGGGUGGUGUGAGUGGGCAGGUGUGCCAUCUGUCCCGGCGUGCAUGUGUGCGUUCUUUUAAUUUCCACCGUCUUCAGAGAGAAAUCAUCAGGGUGGUGGAGGGUGGGUGGCUUUAAAUAAUUCUAAGGCUAUAUUUCUGUUUGUUUACUAGCAGAAUGAAAAACACAAAAAAAUGUUUUUUUGGUUUAAGCAUUGAUGUCUUUUUCUCGUUUUAACCCAUACGCGUUCUCUCUGCCUUCUGCCGAUCUACCUGUAUGUGCGCGUGCAUUUCCUGUUUGCCAAGCACGACUCCCUCCUCCACACGCCGCGCUGGCCUCCACGGUGCACACCAGAGAGCAUGCUCAGUAGAUGUAGAUAUGUUAGAGGGUCACGUGCACCUAUUGCUCUGCAGCUGCAACCACCACUCCUUCCUGGUGCUUUCGGCGCCUGCCCUGAAAAGCAGGCGUGGAAUAUCUUGAAGAACAAGACUACAGUCAGACCAGUUGUUUAAGCUACAGCUUUCAUUGUCAAGGGGGGGAAACGUGUGCGUCUUUAAUCCUUUUCGCACAUGUCGUCCCUGCGUGGCUAAAAAAAAAAAAAAAAAAUGCCUUAAAAACAGACUCUAAAGUAUGAUCUGACUGAAGCAAGUGACGUUUAUCCAAAUGUAUGGCCGUGGUCAUUCCUUUUCAUCGUGGCGGUCUCAGGUAUGGUGCUUUCCUGCGUUACACCCAAGAAACACUCUGACACGCUGGUGUCUCCACGAACAUCUUCAUCACCUGCCGCCUUGAACAUCAGAAAGGUCAAACGUCUGUUUUUCUGAUAAAUAAGGUGAUUUUUUCUGCACUUACUUUUUAAGAUGGAAAGAAUUUGGACUUCUAUUUAAAUCACUUUAAAUGUGGGGAUUUGAAAAAUCCCUUUCACAAUGAAAUGUUGGGCAGCGAUUUAUAUUUGCCAGUGAUCUUAAAAGAAUAAACUGUUUGAAACCCUUGUUUACUGACCUACAA